GAUUUUCGCCGGUGAUCGUCGAGCGAUUUGCGAGAUUUAACCUAAAAUUUUCCACUUCCGAAUAAUCCGAAUGUGUUAAGACACUUGCGGUGUGAAAACAUGUUUGGCAAAUUGAUCACGGGUGUAUUUCAAUCUUUACCACGGGCCACAAGCCAACUUUCGUCGACAGCGACUGCGACAACGACUGCGGUAUGGAGCCCAUGGAGUUUAACAUUUGUCAGAAACAUAAUGAGAUAUCAUUUCCCUCAUCCCAAUGAAAGAAGACGUAUAAAAAAGCACGGAUGGUCUGCGAGAUUGUCAACACCAAAUGGUAGAAAAAUUCUCCAGAGAAGAAUCUUAAAAGGCAAACAUGUGAUAUCUCACUAGUCAUUGUUAUGUUAUCCAGCUGAUUGAUCGAAAGCAUGAGAAUAUAUGCUAAGAAAUAAAUAUUAUCAAUUUAAUUAAAA